UGCUCAUAACAUUACUCACAACAUGGCACCUGCUGGCGGGGGUGUUGUGCUGGUGGCUCUGUCGCUACUGUACUUAUGUGGAGCUAUUUUAUCCAGCGAGUAUUUCUCCACCUUGACUUUAUUCAACAGCGACCUUCACAAGCACGGCUGCAGCUCUCCGGCCGAGUGGGAGGAGUAUGCGGCGGACUGCGAGUCGGCAAUCCUGCAGCUGGAGGAUCCGGACUGUGAGGAGGGGAGCAACCCGCCCUGCGAGUCCAUCUUUUCACUCAAUGCAGAGAAAAUCCUCAAUCAGGCGAAGUUGUUUGUCGAACAGCGUCGGUUUCCUUUCGCUGUGGAAAACCAAAACACCAAUGAAGAACUCGCCAUUGGCUAUGUUCUGAUUGGGAACGGCCUGUACGAUGAAGCUAUCAAGCACUUCUCGUUACUGCUGCAGGGAGAUCCUGAGCUGGUCAGUGCCAUCUAUGGACGGGGAAUAGCUUACGGCAAAAAGAGUCUGCAGGACAUAAAGAACGCAGACUUGGCUCUCUAUGAGCUGAGCAGAGUGAUCGCCCUGGAGCCCAGCAGACCUGAAGUGUAUGAGCAGAGGGCAGAGAUUCUGUCUCCUCUGGGCCGCAUCAGUGAAGCUCUGUCUGAUCUGACCAAAGCCAUACAGCUGCAGCCUUCAGCCCGGCUCUACAGACACAGAGGAACGCUGCUCUUCAUAUCAGAGGAUUAUAUGGCAGCCAUGGAGGAUUUCCAGCAGUCUCUAGAGCUGAAGAAGAACCAGCCCAUCGCUAUGCUCUAUAAAGGCCUGACUUUCUUCCACAGGGGCCUCCUUAAGGAGGCUAUAGAGGUGUUUAAAGAAGCUCUCAAACUGAAGUCAGACUUCAUAGAUGCGUAUAAAAGCUUGGGUCAGGCUUACAGGGAGUUGGGUGAUUUUGAGAAUGCUAUGGAGAGCUUCCAGAAAGCUCUGUUACUGGAUCAAAACCACAUCCAGUCUCUCCAGCUCAGAGGAAUGAUGCUGUACCAUCAUGGCAGCCUGCAGGAGGCCAUCGGCAACUUUAAGAGAUGUCUGCAGCUGGAGCCCUAUAAUGAAGUGUGUCAGUACAUGAAGGGUCUCAGUCACGUGGCCAUGGGCCAGUUCUACGAGGGCAUCAAAGCUCAGACUAAAGUCAUGCUCAACGACCCUCUCUUGGGACAGAAAGCCAGCUCUGAGUAUCUCAAAGUCAAAUAUCUCAGAGAAUACUCCCGUUAUUUACACUCUCAUCUGGAUGUACCGGUUGCGGAGUAUAACGUUGAUCAGGAUUUGCCUGGAAACUUUAAAAACCACUGGGCAAAAAAUCUCCCCUUCCUCAUCGAGGACUAUGAAGAACAGCCUGGACUUCAGCCUCAUAUUAAAGAUGUUCUACCUCAGAACUUUGACAGUUACUCUGCUGAAGUUCAGAAGCUGAUCUGUACGGCGGAUCACAUCGGUGCACUGAUGCAGUACGACACGUCAGGCUUCUUAUCAAACCUCAGAAUACACAGAGCGAUGGGCUUGGCCACCAUAGAGGUGAUGCAGGCCAUGCAGCGCACCUGGAGUAACUCGAAGGUUCGAGUCAACGGAAAGACCAGACAGCUGCAGUGGAGAGACAUGUUUGACAUCGCAGUGAAAUGGAGAAGGAUUGCAGAUCCAGACCAGCCUGUGCUGUGGUUGGAUCAGAUGCCUGCCAGGAGUCUUAGCAGAGGAUUUAACAACCACAUUAACCUCAUCAGAGGCCAGAUUAUUAAUAUCAGAUAUCUGGAGUAUUUCAGUAGUAUUCUUAGUUUUGUAAAGGAAAGAAUACUGGUUUAUCAUGGGGCGUAUAACCCUCGGGGGCUUCAGGAAGUAAAGCAGGCUCUGGAAAAUGUGAAUAAAGUGGAGGAUCUGCUGCCCAUCAUGAAGCAGUUCAACAGUAAAACCAGAGACGGCUUCACGGUCAACUCUAAAGUGCCCAGUAUGAAGGAUCCUGGGAAAGAAUACGACGGGUUCACCAUCACCAUCACCGGAGAUCGAGUGGGGAACAUGCUGUUUUCGGUGGAGACUCAGACCACAGAUGAGAGGACGCAGCAGUAUCAGUCAGAAAUUGAAGCGCUCUAUAAAGAUCUCACGGCCAAAGGCAAAACCCUGAUGCUCUCCACUGAACUCGGGGACGCAGAUGCUGUGUGUAAUUUAAUUCUCUCUCUGGUGUAUUACUUCUGUAACCUCAUGCCACUGUCUAGAGGCUCCAGCGUCGUGGCAUACUCCGUGGUCAUGGGAGCUCUGAUGGCCAGCGGGAAAGAGGUGCUGGGCCGGAUCCCGUCUGGAAAGCUGUUCGAUUUCGAAGCCAUGACUACAGCGAGCCCCGAUCGCUUCAGUAAGACCGUCAAGAGUUGGAUGAGCUUAAAGAGUUUGCCGAGCUGGUACCAAAACCUCCCGUCGGUUUCAGAGACGUUCCAGUUAACGAGGACCAUGAUUGAAGUUCUAAACACAGACUCGUCUUCGCACUGUCCCAAGAAAUCCUGAACUUGAAACACCACGGAUAUAUUUAAAACACAAAGGGCCAUCUCUACUCAGGGCAUCUUUGCUCACAGUCUUUACUUUUACAUGGUUUUUACGUAUCGAACAUCAGAACAAGUUCUCUUUGAUUUUAGCUUUUGCUUUCCACAAAUAUGGGGAAGAGAGUCGACUCUUUAUUAAAAUUUUAAAUUAGAAUUUGGGGUUGCCCUUUAUCAACCAAAGUUCAGCAAUUGCAAGCAUAAUCUGAGUUGGAAAGACAGCAGGACAUGUAGCAGAAUAUAAUUGAAUAAUAUUAUUUGUUCGUUGCGUUUCAUUGAUUCUUUCGCUGUUUUUAAUUAAAUUGCUGACUUGUUGCAGAGAUGUCCUUUGAAGAGUUUAUUAAGCAAUAUUCUGCAGCUCUGAGUUCCUUUCUGAAUACUUGAACACAGUAGGGAAAUACGUUUGGAAAUGUUUUUGGUUUUUUUGAAAGACAGAAGUUGGUAAUAUUGCCAUGUUCAUUGUCCACACUGGCUUCUUUAUCACUUUUGUUGUCUCUAUUUAAUGGCUCAGCUGAAUAAUGUGCGAUUAGAUUCUGGAGAUGUUCACGUGACCUUAAACACUGGGAACAGUUGCGCCUCAAUCUAUAGUGACUCGAAUCAAGAAAAAGUCAUAUUUUUCGUUAAUCUUAUACAUCUUUGAUUUUAUUUUAUGUUCUCAAGGGACCAUUUUAAGUAGAAUUUCAGUUUUCUUCUUCCUGUUGGUGCUUUUUGGCAAAGACUUAUUUCCUUUAUUUUCCCAUAAAAAAGUAUGAAAAACAGUGGGGGUGUUUUUCCAUGAAGGGAAAAUAAAGGAGGGUUCUUUAACGCACAAAAAAAAACUUGAAAGUGGAAAAUCUGUGACUUAAUUUGCUGGAACAGCCACAGUCAAUAAAAGCAGUUGAAUGAAA